AUGGGUGUGCAAUUUGUAAUGCGUAUUACUUUCUUACUUCUUCUGACAUAUGGAUUAGCAGAAGCAGCACCACCACCUAUGGCAAUGCCCGGUUGCAAAGAUACCUGUGGAAAUGUUAGUAUUCCAUACCCGUUUGGAAUGACAGCCGGAAUCGUUCUAGUCAAGAUGCCGAUUAUUAUUUCUUCAAAUUGUGCAAACACGGUUCCGAGAAAUAGUAGUGUGAAUAUGAAGGGGAGUCCUUUUUACUUCUCAUCAUAUCGGAAUAAAUUUAUUUCGGUUGGUUGCAACAAUAUGGCCUUGAUGACUGCUAGUGAUCCUACGGUGCUGGUUGGUUGCAAUUCUGAUUGCGAUUAUAAAACCAUGAUAGGAAGGGGAGCUAAAUGUUCGGGCUUCAAAUGCUGCCAGACCGCAUUCCCUUAUGGGAAUCAAGUAUUUAAUGUAAAUUUCGAAAGUAAAGAUGAGAAAAAUAAAGGCAUCGAAAAAUGCAAAUAUGCAUUCCUAGCAGAAGAGGAAUGGUUGGACACAAAUUUGGUCGUAUUGCAUGAUCGCUCUUACGAAGUGCAGCUUUUGGAAUACGUUCCUGUGACGCUGGAGUGGACAGUGUGUAAGUUUAAUACCUUGAGUCCAACCGAGGCAGUUGUACGGAAUGCAUAUUGGGGCUCUACAAAAUACGGGACCGAGUAUUAUUAUUGCCGUAUUGGAUACGAAGGAAAUCCUUAUCUUAACACGGGAUGUCAAGUUAUUUUUACAAGCUUUGGGGUAUUGUUUCUUAUUACUCGGUGGUUAUACAAAGUGAUAAAGAAAAGAAACAAAAUUAAGCUCAAGCAAAAAUUCUUCAAAAUUAUGGUAUUACGGCAACAAUUAUCUUCAAAUGAAAACAGUGUUCAGAAGGCAAAAUUAUUCAAUUCAAAGGAGUUGGAAAAGGCAACAGAUCAUUUUAAUGAAAACAGAAUCCUUGGUAAGGGUGGACAAGGUACAGUUUAUAAAGGAAUGUUAAUUGAUGGAAGAAUUGUGGCAGUUAAAAAGUGCAACACAGUGGAUGAGGGAAAUCUUGAACAAUUCAUUAAUGAGAUUAUCAUUCUUUCACAAAUCAAUCAUAGAAAUGUGGUUAAACUACUUGGGUGUUGUUUAGAAACUGAAGUUCCUUUGCUAGUUUAUGAAUUCAUUCCCAAUGGCACACUUUUUCAGUAUCUCCAUGAGGAAAAUGAAGAUUUUCCAUUGCUAACAUGGGAUAUGCGCUUAAGAAUUGCCACUGAAAUUGCGAGAACUCUAUCGUACUUACACUCAACAGCUUCACUACCCAUUUACCAUCGUGACAUAAAAUCUUCAAACAUACUCCUUGAUGACAAAUAUAGAGCAAAAGUAGCAGACUUUGGCACUUCAAGAUCAGUAGCCAUUGACCAAACUCAUGUAACCACACAAGUAUAUGGUACUUUUGCGUACUUGGAUCCAAAAUACUUUCAAACAAGCCAAUUUACAGAGAAGGGUGAUGUUUAUAGUUUUGGAGUGGUCCUUAUUGAACUUUUAACUGGAGAAAGACCAAUUUCUUCGACUAGAUCACAAGAUCGGAAUCUAUCUAUAUAUUUCAUUAAUUCAUUAGAAGAGAACCAUCUUUUUGAUAUACUUGAUACUCAAGUAAGUAAGGUUGGUAAUAAAGAUGAAAUCAUGACAAUUGCUAACCUUGCAAAAAGAUGUUUGCACUUUAAUGGAAAGGAACGACCUACAAUGACUGAGAUUAUGAUGGAGUUGGAGGGAGUCAAAAGCUUUUGCCUGUUCAACCAAUUAGAAGAACUUGAAUUUCGAAGAAGGGAUCGGGAGGGGAGCGUGUAUACUACCCGAACCGGUAGGAGUCAGUCCCAAGGUAAGAGCCACCUUCCUUAUGAGGAGGAUACCAGAGCCCUACAACUAGAGGUUGACCAUCUGAAAAGAAAGCUGCGCCGUGAACGGCGAAAGCGAACUCCCUCCAGUUCUAACUCUUCUUCUAACAACGAAAAGGAUGGUAGCUAUAGACGCAGAUCAAGAACUCCCCCUAGUGAGUCUUUCUCGUAUGUUGAAGAUCACCACCUUGAGCGCAAAAACAAAAGUUCAUUCUCCAAAGGCCAGGGAAAUGAUGCGUUAAGCAAAGCACUCAACCAAAUCUCAAGGUCACCUUUCACAUGCAGAAUUGAGGAAGGGACGCUUCCUCAGUCGUUCACCCAGCCCACAUUCACCAUGUACAAUGGUCGAACAGACCCUGUGGAGCACGUGAGCCACUUCAACCAAAGGAUGGUUAUGCACUCUAAGAAUGAGGCCCUGAUGAGCAAGGUCUUCCCCUCUAGUUUGGGGCCUAUGACGAUGAGGUGA